AUGCGUCCAAAACUUUCCGUAGUGAACAACAUACGAAACCGACGCCCGAUCCUGAGGUCGCAGCAGACUACUCCAGCUUGCAUUAUCAGCGAUCUUCGUUCCGGUACUGCAUCUGAAUCGGACUACUCUAUUAGCAUUUUCUACCAGAACACGGGUGGUGUUAAUUCCUGCGUGAUCGAUUAUCUGCUUGCUACUUCGUGCUCCUGCUACGAUAUCAUUGCCUUUACCGCAACAUGGCUUAAUGACCGUACCCUCUCCAGUCAGAUUGUUGGCCCAGAUUAUACUGUGUUUCGUUGCGAUCGUAGCCCCCUCAACAGCAAAAAAUCUACUGGUGGUGGAGUGUUACUUGCCGUUAGAUCUACACUCCCGGCUUUCCUUAUCGAAGACGUUUCCUGGGACGAUCUGGAGCUUCUUUGGACUCGCAUUGAUCUCGGUAAUCGGAAACUCUAUCUGUACGUGCCACCUGAUCGUUCUGGCGACCUGGUUUUAGCAGAGUCCUUUUCGCGUUGCCUGUCUAAAGCCAGCUCUUUUUGUUCUCCUGAGGAUGACAUACUCGUCAUUGGCGACUCCAACAUGCCCGGCCUAAAAUGGUGCUCCUCUCGAAGUGGCUUUCUGUUUCCAGAUCCUAUGCGUUCUUCGUUCUCGGCAUCUUCUGGCGUAUACUUAGAAGCCCUUAGUACAGCGACUUUACGUCAGAUAAACAAUAUCGAGAAUGAAAAUGGACGUAUGCUCGACCUCUGUUUCGUUAACGAAGGUUUCAGGAUUCCGACGAUUGACUUAGCACCCGCUCCCCUUGUCAAAGCUGUUCCACAUCACCCAGCCUUAGUGGUCUCUCUCGAUGCCGCAAGGAUAUUUGCCCCCGUGAAGAAAACGGCAUCCUUCUAUCAAGAUUUCAAGAACGUGGAUCUUGAAGCUAUAUCUCUCGUUCUUGAGUCCAUCGAAUGGGAAGUUGAGCUCGAUCCUUCUGAUCCAAACGCAGCUGCUGAGACAUUUUCGAACAUUCUCAACUAUAUCAUUGAUCGCCAUGUUCCGAAACGUAGGGUGACUACAAAUCUACGGACUCCCUGGGUCACUAAAGAACUGCGGCGACUGAAGACGGCCAAGAAACGUGCACUCCGAAACUACAACAAGCACAAAUCCCCUUACACUAAGGGAGAAUACCGCAAACUAAACUCUGCUUAUAAAAAAGUCAGUAAGCGUAGCUACUUAAAUUAUCUAAACCGGUUACAAAGGAAUUUUAAGACCAGUCCGAAAUCUUUUUGGAAACACGUAAAAAUCAACGGAAAGAACCAGAACUUCCGUCCCACAUGUUCCUUGACAGCCUUCCUUGACAGAGAUGUGAGUGUAGAGAUAGGCGAUUAA